UGAAUUUCUUCUCCUCGCUUCUUCCGCAUCAAGAUUUUUCCUCUCUGUUUUCGCUUCAAUUUCGUUCUUGUUCUUCGCGAUUCGGGUUCUUGUUAACUGCAUUUCGCGACCUUUCUUUAUCUCUCACAGGUUCUUCCCUCUCUUUCUGUUUCCAUUCUUUGACCUUCUUCCCCUUUUCUAGUCGCUUUCUGUUUCUGAUGUCCGCCGGCGUAAUAUCUGCCGCCUAAACCCACCACUUUUGUUGGGCUUUUCACGUGUAUCUUGCGCCUAAGAACUUUUUCCCCCUUUUAAUCGAUUUUUCUGUGGCCUUUUCAAGAUGUUUUGUGCUUGAUGAACUGUGAGCUAAGUGGUAGUGACAAGAAAACAUUACAAAAGUGUCCAUACACUUGAAUCAACCUCCAAAACUGGAUCAAAUGGAUCUUAAAUCAAACCACAACUCUCCCAUCCUCACCGACCCUGCGCCUAUCAGCAAGUCUAGGCUGGGCGUACAUUCAAAUAUGUUGCCGUAUGCAGCUGCUCCAGGAGUUGGUUUCUCUCCGAAUUUGCUUCUAAUACCAAGGAAAAAAACUGGUGUUCUUGAUGAUGUUCGAGCAAGCUGCUGGCUAGAUGCUAUGAAAUCUUCAUCUCCUCCUCCUAAUAGAAUCUCCAAGGACGUUGUCAAUGAGCUUCCAUCAUUUGAUCCCGAUUUUCUGUACCGCAAUUGGAUGGUUAAGUAUCCAUCAGCACUUGGCUCAUUCGAACAGAUUGUAACUCAUGCCAAAGGCAAGAGAAUAGUAUUGUUUCUGGACUAUGAUGGGACUCUUUCGCCGAUCGUAGAUAACCCUGACUGUGCUUUCAUGUCUGAUGCUAUGCGUGCAGCGGUAAAAGAGGCUGCAAAAUAUUUCCCAACUGCUAUAAUUAGUGGAAGAAGUCGUGACAAGGUUUUCGAAUUUAUAGGAUUAAGAGAACUGUACUAUGCUGGGAGCCAUGGAAUGGAUAUUAUGGUCUCUGAUAGACACUCAACUAACAAUCAGGGCAAGGAAGUUAUGUUUCAGCCUGCUAGUGAAUUCUUACCUUUGAUAGACGAGGUUUUCAAAUCCCUGAUUGAAAUCACUAAGGGAAUUGCUGGAGCAAAAGUUGAAAACAACAAGUUCUGUGUAUCUGUUCAUUACAGAAAUGUGGAUGAUAAGAACUGGAAUGCUCUUGCGAAUUGUGUUUAUGACCUUUUGGAAGAUUAUCCCCGACUGCGCGUUAGUCAUGGUCGUAAGGUUUUGGAAGUACGACCUGUGAUUAGCUGGGACAAGGGGAAAGCUGUUACAUUCUUGCUGGAAUCUCUCGGACUUAACAAUUGUGAUGAAGUGCUCCCGAUUUACGUGGGAGACGACCGCACGGAUGAAGAUGCAUUCAGGGCUUUGAAAGAAAGGAAUUGCGGAUAUGGGAUAUUAGUGUCAUCAGUGGCGAAGGAAAGCAGUGCAGCAUACUCUUUGAGAGACCCAUCUGAGGUGAUGGAGUUUCUGAAGUCACUGGUGACAUGGAGGAAGUCAAGUGCUUUAUGAACAGAGCAAGUAAUGAAUAUAACAUUAAUUGAUUGAUCCAUAUAAUCAAAAGAGUAUAGAAAGGAAGAGGUUAUUGUUACUAUUAUUAUUAUUAUUAUUAUUGUUUUUGGAGCAGAUUUACAAUUCCUUUUUAGAGUUUUGUAGACGAAAUGUUCCAUUCUUAAUAAAACUAUAUAUCACAGAGAGAGGAAUGAAGGAAACAAAUGGCUUCUUCCUUUCAUUUAUUCAAUUCAGCAAUGCAAAAACGUUGUUGAUUCUUUCA